AGUACAAGUUGUAUCCGCCUUGAGGAGUAAAGUUAAGUCAUCCACCCUUAAUUCAUAUUUACAUAUUUUAUAUGUUUUAUGGAGCAAAACAUUUAUAAUGUUAACCAUAAUGACUAAAAUAUAUAUAAAUAAUUGGGAACGUAAUUGUGUUCCACAUGAAUUACGACUCAGUAAAUUCCUCUUAUUUUGCCAUUAAAAUUCACAUUUCAUAAGUUGGGACGUCAGAGUACUAUCUGAUCAAAAGUUUGAAUAAUUUUCAUUUAUAUGAUAAAUUAACAGACAACAAAUUAUCUUGAUUUUUCAAAUUCAACUGUUUUGAAAUAUGUUAAGGCGUUUAAGUCAAAUAUUCUGUGGCUUUUUCCUUGGAUAUUUAGGAUUACCGGCACGUCGUUAUAGAAGUUAUUACUGUUCAUUAGCAACGCCUGUUGUUGUUGGAAUAUGCCUUGGAAUAACAAUUCAAAUGCUAUUUAUGGAAGUGGGAUGUUAUUCCGAAGGUUUAAGGCAGACAGCUGAUCAAAUGAUGCAGAGCAAGUCGGCGAAAUCAAUCCUCAAACGAAGUUUAAACGAUACUGUUCCUGACGACGAUAAUUCUGAUUUUGAAGCGAGAAUAAUUGCAGUACCUACCAGGAAUAACACAGUCAAUACCAAUGUCACAAGACCUAGAUUCUAUAGACCUCACUUUGCUCUAGAUGAAUUGAAAGUGAAAGAAAAAUUAUUUGUUGCAGUUUUAACAAGUGCAAAUUCUCUUGAAAAAUUUGGCACAGCUGUGGAUAAAACAAUGGCAAAACAUUUCCCUGAGGUGAUAUUUUUCAGUAGUGGAAAGCCGAAGUCAGAACCAGCAGGACUUAAACUAGUUGCAUUUGAUGAUAAAAAACCAGAAAUGCUGCCAAUCCUUGUUCUGACAUACAUAAAGGAAAAUCUUGCUGAUGAGUAUGAUUUUUAUCUCUUUGUGACAGACAAAACAUAUCUACGAGCACAGAAGUAUCAUGAAUUAGUUAGACACAUCAGUGUUAAAGAAGAUGUGUACAUGGGAGCACUUGGACUUGAUCGCAAUUUCUGUGCUCUCGAAGGUGGAGUCCUCUUGUCGUUUUCAAUCAUGUCACAAGUUCUAUCCGAGUUGCCUUAUUGUACACUUAAAGUACAACCCGGAAAUCCAGGAGCAUCAUUCGGUAGCUGUGUUCACCUUGCCUCUCAGAAAUUCUGCAUGCCAUGGGCAGGUGAUCUGAAACUCAAGUUCUACAGACUAGAUAAUUUCGAUUAUGACACCGACAUUGAGCAAUUGAAGACUGAUCCAUACUUCAAUCAGUCUCUCACCUUUUACCCUAUGCCAGAUGAUACAUCUUUCUAUAAGUUACACAGAUACUUUUGUACAAUAGCUCUAACUGAGGUACAGAAAAAGAUAGCACUGGCAAAAGCAGACAUUAUUGAUCUAAGUAAAUUUGCCCCAGGAGGUCAUAACAGUAUAACCUGGCCCAUCGGCACCCAGCAACCAUAUAAAGAAAUAAGCAGAUUCUCUGUCAUCCAAUGGACAUACUUCACGGAAACACAGAUGUUCCUUGACAAUGAGCUUACCAAUGUGGAAGAUAUAUCUGGUGUGCAUAUACCAGAUGUGAACGACAUCAAGAAAGAAACCAUGGAAAACUUGAACAAGAAAUAUCCUUCAAGGUAUAAACUUGAGAAAAUUAUCAAUGGUUAUCGUAGGUUUGACCCUACACGUGGCAUGGAAUAUAUCCUCGAUCUACUCCUUUUAGACAAGAAAAAUAAUAACGUAGAAACAUUUAAGCGCGUGCACCUAGUCCGACCUCUAGGUAAGGUAGAGCUGAUUCAAACACCAUUUGUGACCGAAAGCACACCUCUUCAUAUCAUAUUACCAUUAAGACCGGAACAUGUAGACUAUUUCGAAAUGUUUCUGUAUACAUAUGCUCGUUCAUGUAUAGAAACAAAGGAAGAUGUUUUUCUGAUAGUGGCACUACUGUAUCCAAGUUCACUGUCAGCAGAUCAGAAAGACCCUUUCGCAAAAUCAAAAACUACCAUUGAUAAUAUCAGUAAAAAAUAUAACACACCAAAGGCAAAACUGUACUGGAAAGCUUUGGAAAAUGUUGUAACAGAUAUAAACAUUAUAGAUAAUCUACAAAGUGAAUUUAAAACUGAUGUUUUGAUACUGAUGAUCACUGUGAAUAUGGAGAUGUCACCAGACUUUACCAAACAAUAUUUAAACAGAGUACGUAUUAAUACAGUACAACGGGCACAAGUUUUCUUUCCGGUGGGAUUUUGGCAGUAUCGUCCAAACCUUAUAUAUGAUAAGAAGCCAUUCCCAGCUUCUGUAGAGAUAGGACAGCGUCUAGGAUUGUACGAUACAAAAACAGCGGACACUGCAGGCUUCUAUCUGUCCGAUUAUAAAACCGCUAGAAAAAUUGUGGGAAGACCGACUGACAUUUUCAGUAUGUUUGUAACAAGCAAGAAGUUUCAUGUAUUACAAGCAGUUGAGCCCAACCUUAAACUUAAAUGGAUGAAUAUUACAUGUGAUCAACGACUUACAGAAGAGAAAUACCAACAAUGUGUGACACAUAACUUGGAAGGACUCGCUAGUCAGCCCCAUUUAGCAAAACUGAUUUAUGAACACCAAAGGGGGUCCAUAUCUAAACCAGACAAUGCUAAAAUUGAUCCAAAAAUGGCCAAUAAGCCACAUCAGGCAGUCAAUCAAAAGUCUGCACAUAAAUCAAGUAAACAGAAACCUGCAGUAAAUCAAAAAACUGUUACUGAUCGACCUAUAGCACCAUUUAUGAAAAAGCCAAGACGGGUACCAUCUCCAAAAUACAAGAUGCAAAGUCCCAAAUUGAAACUACACAAAGUUAACUUUGACAAGUCCAUGGAUGACCCGCUAGGUGAAGGAAUGCUUCUUGUUAAUCCUAAAUUGCCAAUAAAAUUCUAAUGUGUUUAAUCUUGAUAUGUGGGUAAAACUGAAAGUUUGUUGAAAUGGAGUACUAACACGCCAUGUACCCGGAUAAUCCUAACUCUGUUCAGCGACCCUAACUCAGUGCCAACAUGGCUGACAGAAAGACGAUGUAUGUAGUUAAUUUCCUUGUCUUUUUUCAUGUUUUUAUGUGAGUAUGCAAUGUUAGCUUAAAACUUUUGAUAGUCAUAAUAUCCUGUAUUUAUAACAUGUUUUGUGUCAAAUAUUUCAAUAGAAAUGUCACAUUAUGUGGCUGGAAUUCAUUAAAAUGUACUCAAAAAAGUCUUCAAAAUGAACAUGUUUUAUGUUUCUAACUGUUUUAAAGUACCAGAAAUUGCAGUAAGACCUUACUUAUUAAAUGUAUUAGUUCCAUAAAUAUCUCUUUGACAAUGUUUAACAGUAUCAAAGAUUGAAAUUGAUUUUUAUAGCUUAAAAAUUGUAUUGAUUAUGAGGUGGGUUUAAAUUUGCGGAUAAUUCCUAACUGGCAUAGGAAACAAUGCUGGAUAAAUACAAACUUAGAAUGGAUAAACACCUAACCAAACGAAAACGGCUGUUCGUCUGUGCUUUUUUAUGGAUUGUUGAUGCUCGAAGUUCUUUGAUCUACCCACCCCUAAAGGGAUUUGGGAUUCCUAGUCCAACUUAUCCGACUCGUGAUUUUUUUUUGCCGGCGGACAAGUGCAUUUUUCAUUCUGUGUGUCCGCGGACAAGCAUACUUUUUCAGUUUUCAGGUAUAAAACAAGAAAACAUAAAAUAUCAUUUAGAUUGUGUGUUGCUUCAAGUGUAUGGAGGUGAUAAAGAUAAUGGGUUCUUUGACUAGGUCUCGCGCACACUGUAACUAUGAUAAAAUAUCAGAGAAGAUUUAGAUACAAGAAGAUUUAUUUAACGUCGGAUAAGUAUAAACAUAUAACACUAGCUUAAAGCUAUUUUCCGGCAAACACAUGUAAAUAAGCUUGACAUAAGUAAAUCAGCUGUAAUAAAAUGCAAAUAUGUUAAAGCACAUUAAAGCAAAUAAAACAUCUGGCUCUAAGUAUAUAAGAAACAAAUCACAAAUUAUCACAUACAUGUUACAGCGCAUUAAAACAAAAUAGCACAUAGGUACUAGCAAAUAAAAGGAAAAAGUAAUUUACCAUAUACAGAUUUAGCACAUUUAAAGCAACAUAGCAACAUAAAAAAGAUUAGCUGACACUACACAAAAAUAAGAAGAAUCACAUUUUACAACAUGCAUUUAAAAAAACAUAAAAGAAGAAAUCAUAUACAUGCUAAAGGGAACAUAAGAACUACUUAAAGUAGUUGAAGAAAAAUAUUUGUAUCAUCAGAAUAUAGCAUUCUGUAACUAAAACCAAAAAAGGAAAACAAGGGUUACACACAGAGAACUAAAAGGACAUUUAAAGACAUCAGAAACGUAAACAACUUAAAAAAAGUAUUAUGACAAGUUUGUAAGUAGAAUUCCAACUGCUGAGACAAUAAGUCACUAUCAAAGGAAAUAUUUGAGCCAGUAGUCAGCCAAAUUAAAAUCAAAAGCACACAGAGAUCGCAAGUAUGACUAAACAAGUCGGAACGUUUUAAGAGUCUUUCUCUGAAUUCAUCUGGCUUUGCAUCAUUGCGUGGGCAGUGUUUCGGGCAUGACCUCAAAAGACCUCGAACACUGCUUACGCGAUUUCAGACUUUUAUAAACGUUAAAAGGCAAAUAUUUCAACAGCUUAUUUUUUACCACAGUUACUGUAAUAUGCUUUUCUUUUCAUUGUCGUAAAUAAAGAACUCGAUCUCCAGUCUAUUUGCGCUUUCAUGAAGGUUUGAUAUUACAAAUCAGAGCAAGUGAAAUUUGACUAUGGACAAGUGGAUUUUUAAGUUCCGUGGACAAGUGAAAAAUGUAAGGAUACCCACACCCCUGUCCCGUCAGUCCAUGCAUCACUCCCCCACCCCAUCACACCACAAACACAUUUUUCUUCACUAUUUACCGUCUGAAAAAUAUCAUAUUUAAUAAUUAAUCAUAAAUCUAAUCCCACUUAAACAAUUUCAAAAAUGUUCCAUUAGCACCUCUAUAAAAAUCUCUUACACUAUACGAUAUACAAGAUUUGAAACAAACACAAUUCUUCUGAAACAGUGUGUGUGCGUGUGCAUGAGAGAGAGAGAGAGAGGGAGAGAGAGAGAGAGGGGGGGGGGGGAGAGAGAGGGCUGGGGAAUCCAGAACAUCGGUGGUAUUAAAUAAUUUCUUAUAUAAAUACAAUAAUUUUGACUUUUAUACUGAAUUAUUUUUGAGGGUUUAUCCAGAUUUUUCCAAACAUUGCCAUUUGCAUAAUAUUAAAAUUAUGAAAAUAAUUUGACUGUAGUGGGCAUACAUAUAACAUCUUGUAAAAUUAAUGACAAAUUGAUUAAUGAAGAAUUUUAUCCUUACAUUUUUCACUUGUCCACGGAACUUAAAACGACAAUACGGCUUAUAAAGUAAUGUUUACAAUAAUCACACCAUGUACAUGUCAGCUCAUUCAUUUCUAGUACUACUAGUCAGUUAGGUGUUUAUCCGUCAGGCAAUUUCAUGUAAGUUAGGUUUUUAUCCAUUUCUCAUGUAAACUGAGUUCGGUUUUUAUCAACUCAAAGUUAGGUUUUUAUCCCUUUUCUCGCUGUCAAUAUAUUUGAACAUGUAUUGUGUCAACAUGAAGUGGGUUAACAGCAUAGUGUAAACGGGCCUAUAAAGCAGUAUAUCUUUGCUUUCAAACAACAAAAUGCUCGAGGCAUCAAAAGCAUAGAAGUAUUUUUAAAGAUUUUUUGUAAAAGUUUUCAUUGAAAAUGUUGCCUUGUUCGUCGUUUUUCCACCUGAAAACACAAGGGUUGAUAUAUUAAACAUGAUGCAUUUUGAAAUAAGUAUACACUUGAUCAAUGGAGAUAGAUAUAACAACAGAAACAUUCCUUUAUACAUCGUAAUUACACAGAAAACAAAGUUGUAUCGGCUUUACAUCCGCCAUGUUGGCACUGAGUUAGGGUCGCUGAACAGAGUUAAGAUUAUCUGGGUACAUGGCGUGUACCAAGUAGUGAUGAAAGGUACUUAUACAUUAUCAGUGUUAGCAAUGUUCUGCAUAGUUAAUCAGUAAAAAAAAACCUAACAGUAAAUAUCAUACUACUCCUGCAGGAUAAUUUAAACCACAGCAUGUUUAUAUUAUUAUUAUGGUUCUCAUGCAUCAUUGAACUCAAGAAAAGGUUGUAAAUGAUAGAAGUUAAGCGUAUACUGUAUAUUUUCUGUAUUGAAAUGUUUUAAUGAAGAAAAAAUCAUAAUUAUCAAACAUAUUAUCAUUUGAGUUAUCAUGCAGGAUUUAUAUUGUAUUAAGUCACUGGUGUGUAUGUAGAUUUUUUCAUGUACUUAUAAACUUUGAUAAUGUGGCACUCGGUUGACCUCAAUACAAUCGACAAUGUUUAUUUUCCAAUAUAGGUAAAUCCAAUAUCUGCUUUACAAUAGAUCUAUGACAGAUUAUCUUGGAACACCCCUGGACUUAUUGGACUCAACUGCCACAUUAUCAAAGUUUAUUAGUAUUUUUAUGGUUCUAAUAGUCAGUGCACUUGUCUACUUUAUAGCAUUUUGCAAGGUCAUAAUAGAUUCAAAUCCUAAUCUGUCCCCAAAUGUUCAUGCUGCCCAAACUUUUUCUCUUUUUUCUUAUUUAAAGAUAAUAGAUAUACCUAUAUUUCAAAUAGUUAAGUACAUUUGUUGAUUUUUUAUCCAUUUAUUUAAAUGACUCUACUGUAUGUAUUUUUCUUUUACUUUAACUUCCUCACUUUUUGUGCUUUCCAUACAGAACCCAAUCAAUUUUAGCUAGUAAAAAAAGUAGCACAGUAUUAGAAGAUCAAAAUAUUUAUCCGGCUAUUGAUCUUUAUGACAUCUAAAUAAAUCCAAUUACAUUAAGUUAUUAAUUAAACUGAUUUUAAUCAUCCAAUAAAAAAUCCAUUUACAAGCUGAAUAAAUUUUUACCAGCUAUAAUUUGUUGUGAAAGAACUUUUUUCAAACAAUUCAUAUUUCUUUUAAUGACAUCUGAAAGUGCAUGCUAUUUCCUGGAAAGAGCUUCCCUUGAUAUGACUACACCCUUGUUUAUAUGAAAAUAAACAUUUUUUUUUCUUUCAUACAAGAUAAAGUGCAUUUUAUUUGACCUGGCGGGAUGGAGUUAAUCUCUGACUUAUGCAAAUAAUGACAAUCCUAAACUAGAAUGUGUCUGUAGGACACAGGGUGUGCCCCCCACUGGUACAUUUGUCACAAAUAAGGGGAAAUAAUUCAGCAGUCUUAUAGCUUCAAAAAAAAAAUUAUGAAAAGGAUUCAUUAUUCUAUAGCAUAUAUAUUUUGAGCUAUGAGCAUGACAAACAAAAGAUCCACUAUUUUGGCUAUUUCAAGGGCCAUAACUGUAAUAAAUGCUAAAAUUCUCAAGAAGAAUGCCAAGUGUGCAAGGUCACAUUAUGAUAAAGACUCAAGCAAGGUUUCAUGAAUUUGAACAUUAAAUACUUUCUGAGUGAGGCACAUAAUUAGGUGAAAAUGUGCAUUUUUUGACUAUUUCAGGGGCCAUAACUCUGGAAAUAGGGGACAGACCCAGAUAGAAAAUAGUAGGUGCACAAGUUCAUAUCAUGAUAAAGACUCAUGCAAGGUUUUAUCAAUUUAUAUCAAGUACUUUUUGAGCUAGGCGUGUCACAAGGUGAAAAUGUGCAUUUUUGACUAUUUCAGGGGCCAUAACUCUAGAAACUGGGGGCAGACUAUUUCAGGGGCCAUAACUCUAGAAAUUGGGGGCGGACCCAGAUGAAAAAUAGGAGGUGCGCAAGUUCAUAUCAUGAUUAUCAUGCAAGGUUUCAAGAAUCUAUAUCAAAUACUUUUUGAGCUAGGCGUGUCACAAGGUGAAAAUGUGCAUUUUUGACUAUUUCAGGGGCCAUAACUCUAAAAUUAGGGGGCGGAGCCAGACGAAAAAUAGAAGGUGCGCAAGUUCAUAUCAUGAUAAAGACUCAUGCAAUCAAUUUAUAUCAAAUACUUUUUGAGCUAGGUGCGUCACGAACCUCGGAAGGAUGGACGCACGGAUGCAAGGACAAGAGCAAAUCUAUAUGCCCCCACCACUCAUGGUGGUGGGGGGGGGGGCACAAAAACGACCAAAUAGGUAGAGCUACAGUGGUUACAGUGUAAGGUAGAUUGCCAGUGAAUAAGAUGUCAAGUUGCAGAAUAUACUACAUAUCCUGCACAAUAAUGCAGUGGUUUGUCGUGAAACCCCGCCCUGCCAGGUCAAUUAAAAUGCAAAAAAAAUUUUUAAUGUAAAUAUAACAAGAUGAACCUUCAGAUGAGUCACUUAUUUGUUGUUUUGUACUGUCUUCCACAAAAAUGACAAAUAUAAACAUAUAAUGCAUAAAAUCAGACUUUUCAGUGAUAUCAGGUCAGUGUUUAGAAAGAAUAUAAUGAAAACAUUAAUUUUUGAACAUUGUAUUUGAUCUGAAUAUUAAAUAUGAAACUUGUAAACCAUUCCCAGAUGAAAUGUUGACCAUGGUCACCAUGGUUUUUUAUGGUUGACCAUGAACUAACAUGGUCAACUAUCAAAUACCAUGGUGAACAUAGUGAGGUAAGAUUGGCCAUGGUCAGGAAAGACGCUCAGUAGUUUGACCAUGGUCUACCAUGGUCCUUUUUUUUUUUCAACCAUGGUUGACUCUGGACUACUAUGGUCAUGUUAAGUGAUUUUGACACUUGUCAAGUUUUACAAUGCACCAAAGAUGCCUGACUGCAUUUUGGCUCCUAAGGUUUUCCUAAUUAUAGAAUAGUUUUCCUGCAUUUAUAGACAGAUUCAAAGGUAAACUUUUAUAGUCUGAUUAUAAUUUGUUGUCAUUUUAGCUCUUUUAUGACAAAUAAAUGACUGACUUGCAAAAAUAGAUAUAGACUGCAAUUGUCGUGUAUUUUCAUAACCCUUUCAAAUUCAUAUUUAUACAGUUUUGAUAGUCAAUAAUCACCACGGUCGACCAUGGUCAUGGACCUUUGUCAACCAUGGUUGUCUGUGGUCCAUAACCAUGGUCGACCAUGGUUUUUUAAUAGGGUCUGAUACCAUGUUCUAUGACCGUGGUGUCAAUUACCACAGCCAUGGUCAACUAUGGUCCCAUGACAAUGAACUACCAUGGUACACAAACUGACAAUUACCAUGGUCGGCCACGGUUUGUGACCAUGGUCUGAUACCUUUGCGACCAGACUGUAGAUCAUGAUAAGCCUGCACAUCCUUGCAGUCUGAUCAAGAUCUGCACUGUUCACUAUUCAGUUAGUAUCCUUUUUGUAAGCAUCCCUUUUAACUAUUGAAAGAUGGACAAGUUCAUUAAAGAAAUUUAGCAGGUCACCUCACCGUCACUGCUGACUGCACAAUCUGAUAAAAUCUAUUUUAAAUACUUGUUAAAUAUAAGGUAACCUUUUUCUUGAUACUGAAAUCUUGAUGCAGUUUCACAAAAAUAGCUCUGUCUUAUAAACACUGGUUACACCAUUUACAUAAUCAUAUAACAAAACCACAUAGAGAGUAUGUUAUAAUAUCUCUUUUUUCAAGAUCCAAUUACCUUUAAAAACACUUUUAUUGGUACUGAAAUGAUAUUUUGUACUAAAAUGAACUUUCUGUUGUAAAAAUAAAUGUUUAUUGUUACACACACAGCUGCAUUAUUUUAUAGCCAAACAAAUUUGUCACAUCAGGCCCAGUAUGUACCAGAAUCACAACGAAUUGGUAUUUGAUAUUUUUUUUAUAUUCAUUCAUAUGACACCUUCUGUUGGGUAUUGCAAUAUUAAGCAUUUUUAUAGUCUUCCAUUUAGCACAUUCAAUUUAUGAAUCUACUUUUUGAUGGAAAAGUUACAAUGAAACAUUUCUGGUGAUAAAAAUGUUGCAGAUUAUGGUAGCUAUGAUUUACUUAAAUAUAACACUUGUUCUGAUUUGUAUAAAAUUUGAUGUUAAAUCAAUAUUAAACCCAUUUUGUUUGUUUGUGAG